ACGACACUCAGGUCACUAUGCCUGAGCAGGUAUUUCAUUAGAGUUCUCCCUACCAUGUCCUGGCCCUCGGAUGUCUUGCCGGCCUCGCUGACAGUGGGACUGCAACGCUGCUGGGCCAAUCGGCCGACAGAGACGUGCUAUUCGAAAUGCCGACGCCCUUGAGGACUACAGCAAUACCCCUUGGUAGAUCGCGGUAUCAUCAUCUUCUGUUGGCAAUCUUCCCACAAGGCCCUUCUGAGACUUUCGAACAGACCGCGCUGGCGACAACAAGAUCUUGUCGUCGACCUGACUACACGCAUGAAAGCGUAAAGGGCAGUGGUAUCACAGGCUGCUGAUGCUGCAACAUGCAUGCGAAUACAUCGCCUUCCGGUGCUGGUCCAGGCUGUCCGUCACGAGUACAGCUUGUGCGACAACGACCGUGAUGAGGAUGGCCGAAAGUGGACUUGUGUGAUUAGGGACCAACCCAGGCAAUAGCGCCGUCUGGAUCGCACCGAUUAUUCCCCUUGAACCACCGCCUUCGUACACCAACAAAGCCUCGGCUGCGCGAUGAGAUCCAUGUACCUCCUGAAAGGAGCUGCGGCAGAGGAUGUCGUGUUCGGCUGCUUGUAAUCGAGACUCGCCUACAAUAUUGAAUUCAAAUAUCCUGUGAACUGCCCCUACCCAGGUGCGACAAGAACACGACG